AACGCUUCCUUGUUUUUGUUACUACAGUGCUAACGAAAACAAACGGCCGCAAACAUUUGAAUCCGUCGGUUUUUGCAUCAGUUUCAGAAAAAGUGACAUCUGCGUCUGUCAAUGUGAGAUGUCUUUAGUGCGGAUGAACCGUCAUUUAUAUGGUCCGGGUAAAAGACCCGUGCGAACCAAGAAGGUGUCUGCACCCAAGAAGGAAUGGGUGAGCACAGUCAAUGAUCUUUCAGUGCAUAAAGCAACACCAGAUGAACUGGCCAGACGCCAUGAGAGGCACAGGUCUCAGAACAGGGUUGCGGCACAGUGGGAAUUAAGAGAAAAUGCAUCACGCCGAAGGAUGAAGAAUCAGCCCCCCAGCCCACCAGGACUUGAUAAAGCCAGGCUCAACAUCAUCAGAGAGGUAUUCUCUGACCAGUGCCAGUUGCGGGAUGUUAUUGCACGGUCAGACAAAGCUUUGGCUCUAGUGAAAGACCUGUUUGGGGAUGAACCCCGUCGGCACACAGGGUUCCCCACCAUUACAAUGGCACCUGAUUGUGACUCAGACUCUGAGCUUCCUGUUCAUCAAAGACCUGACCCUCCAACACAGCUGUCACUACUCAGCCAAUCUAUGAUGGAUCAACAGGCACUGAAUGAAUUGGAGGAGUUUGAAGAGGAAUAUGACGAAGAAGAUCAGGAUACUUUAGAACACUUCAGUUCUGCUUCUGAAAUGCACAGAAAAAGAAAUAAAUGCAGGACAAAGUCCUUUCCAUAUGGCACGUUACACGUCAACCAGGUUCUCAAUCCUGAGUCUGCUUCCACUAAAUCAGGUCCUAAGGGCAGUAGAGGGCGCUCAAGAAACACCACCGGUCUGAACGGCUCAGGAUUGAGUUCUUUGGCAGGGAACCAGUCUAGUCUGGAGCUUCUACAGAGUAUGCUAGAGCAGGUAGAGAAUGAACUGGACUCUCUGGAUCCACAGGAGCCUUCGAGCUCUGAAGCUGGUCAUCAGCAAUGGAAACAGGGCCUGACCGGCUUCUCUGUAGCUUUAGUAGCUACGCUUGGACGUCUAGCCAGUCAUUCAAGAAAGAAAGUAGAGCAGUCUCAAAAGGAGGCAGAGAAGACAAGAAAGCUAGAGGAGGUUGUGAAGGAGCAGAGGGCUUUGAUCGAUGCCCUGACUGUGGAGUCACUCACAAUGCGAGAGGAGACGGCUGCUCUGCAGGUGAGGUUUCAGCAGCAGGUAUCUGAACUGGAGCAGCGUCUCGAUGCUGUAGUGCUGUUUCUGGGAGGAUCAGAUUCUGCAGUUCACAUUCCAGACGACACGGCUCAAAAAGGUGAGUAUCAUGAGACAAAACAUGGCUGUAUUGAAAAAGAUCAACAUGUACAGCAACAGGACACCAUCACUAGAGCUGUGCUGCUCUCUCCUCCUCGGCAGAGAGAUGGUCUGCCCCCUGCAGUGUCUUACGCACGAUCACACGCACUCCCGCUGCCCUAUAGUGGCUCCUGCACUCCAACAGGAAGUCAGGGUUCACUGGAGGAUUUGGACAUCCCCUGUUCUCCUUCCUCAUUCGCCAGCCUGCCACGUCCCACUCCUCUGCUGGACUUUCUUUCCCAGGAUGCCAUGAUCGGGGAUGUUGUCGAGUUGACACGUCAGAAUGCAGAAAUCCAGGACAAGCUGGAUCAAAACCGCCCAACUCCAGCUGGAGCAUCAGUAUCCAGAGAGCAGAGUGCCACCAGGUUGUCUUCAACCAGUUUUGUAGCUAGACAAGCAUCGCCCUCUACAGAUCAACAACACACACAGCGGCCUGUUUGUGUACAGAGAUCUUCAACGACAGAUAUUGAACAAAAACUGAAGGAGUUGAACCGACAAACCGCAGAAGCUAGAGCUAAACUAUUAGAACUCAUUGAGCAACAGAAACAGAGUUCGUCUCUUAGAGUUUCCCCUGCAAUUUCUCCAGUACCACAUCAUUCCACCGGCAUGUAUACAGCUGUUAAAGGCUUAACGCCAGAGCCAUCUCUGACAAUUCCUGAGAGAAACCAUUCACCACAGCCCACUGUAAGUUCCGCUGGAAGACUAUCACCACAACGUUUAGACAGUGUGGAAGUCCAAAGCAUUCAGAAUCAAGUGGGCAAGGUGAAAGGAGAGGGCUGGUUUGCUUUGUCCGCUCACGUCAAAUAACUUGAGUUCAGGAAAAGGACAAGUUAUGUAAAAUGCUACAUUUGCAAUCGCAUUUUAAAUG